GCCGGAGACCAUGGCGGCUUUCGCGGCGCUGCGGCGAGCGUGGAUCGCGGCGGGGGCGCUUCACCCUCAGGUUCACAGGACCUCUGUGCCCCUGAGGUGGUCCCAGGCCAGAACCUCUUUUGUUCCUCGGUUGAAGAGUUUUCCUGUCGCGCCUUGGAGACUCACAAUCCGGAGUCAGAGCACCGCAGCCGUGGCAGGCAUCCAGGUUGCGCAAGGUGUGUCCACCCCACCUCUGGAGGAAAUCCUCCCUCUGGAGGAACUUGGUCAAGUAGUUUUGCAAGAACCGACAUUCGCCGAACUGGGCCUGGAAAGCUACACCCCGGUGGGCUUUAUCCUGAAGCUUUUGGAAUCGUUCCACCUGGACCUGGGGCUGCCUUGGUGGGGAGCCAUUGUGGCAGGCACGGUAUGUAUACGCUGCCUGGUGUUCCCACUCAUUGUAAAGAGCCAGCGAGACGCAAUCGAAUUAAACAACCACGUACCCCAAAUGACUGCAUUAACUGCCAGAAUCAGCGAAGCCAAGAAGACUGGCAACAGACAACAGUUUUCGCAGGCCGUCAUGGAUCUGGAACACUACCAGAAGACCCAUAAUAUUAACCCCCUGCGAGGAUUAAUCACGCCUCUUGUCCAGGCACCCAUUUUCAUCUCGUUCUUCUUUGCCCUGCGCAAAAUGGCGGAGUGUCCUGUGCCCGGCAUGCAGACGGGGGGACUCUGGUGGUUCACGGACCUCGCAGCCCCGGAUCCUUACUACAUACUUCCGGUGAUGGUAUCUGUCACCAUGUGGAUUGUUACGGAGACUGGGAUGCAAUCAGGACCUCCACACCCAAACCUGGAGCUAAUGAAAAAGGUUUUCCGAGUGAUGCCCGUGGUCUUCCUUCCGUUCAUAAUUUCCUUUCCAACGGCCAUCUUUACCUACUGGCUGACAUCCAACUUUUUCUCUAUUAUGCAAAUAUUACUCUUCCGUUUACCUGCCGCUCGUACUUUUUUUCACAUUCCUGAGAGGGUGACACACAAUCACAAUCCUACGAGCGUACCUCCCCAGGAAGAUUUUCUGAAGAGCAUCAAGGAAGGAUGGCAGAAUAUCCAGAUGGCUCAUCAGCUAGACGAAAGACAGAAGUAUCUCAAAAAACAACUGGAUUCAACACAUAAAGGGUCACUCCACCAAACUUUUCCCCAUAGAACCUCACAGCAUCCGAGCAAACCACCGCCACAAAAGAGAGACUUGGGAUGAAGGCUACCCAAGCUGUAUUCAAGGCAAAAACGUUUUCCCACCUCCCUUAUCCUUUUGCCCUAGUUUAAAUUUAUUAAUUUUGUUUUCCAUUUGCUCUGAGAGCAUAUGUGUAAAUGUGUCUAUAAAUUUAUUACAUAAAAUUAUGCUUUGAAUUAA